AUGAGGAUGCCGGUGGGUGCAGCCGCGGGGGAAGACGGGGCCGCGCAGAGCCCCGGCCCCGCCGCCGUCUCCCUGGGCUUGAGCGUGGCCGUGGUCUCCAGCCUGGUGAACGGUUCCACCUUCGUGCUGCAGAAGAAAGGCAUCGUGCGGGCGAGAGGACGAGGUACUUCAUAUUUAACAGAUAUAGUAUGGUGGUCUGGUACUAUUGCAAUGGCACUUGGUCAAAUUGGGAAUUUCUUGGCCUACACUGCAGUUCCAACUGUGUUAGUGACUCCUCUAGGAGCUCUUGGCGUUCCAUUUGGGUCCAUUUUAGCUUCUUACUUACUGAAAGAAAAACUCAACAUUCUCGGCAAGUUGGGAUGUCUGCUGAGCUGUGCUGGGUCUGUUGUUCUCAUAAUCCAUUCCCCAAAAUCUGAGAGUGUAACAACUCAGGCUGAACUUGAAGAGAAGCUUACAAAUCCAGUGUUUGUGGGCUACCUCUGCAUAGUACUUCUCAUGCUUCUCCUGCUUAUCUUCUGGAUAGCGCCAGCUCAUGGACCCACUAAUAUUAUGGUUUACAUCAGUAUUUGCUCACUGUUGGGCAGUUUCACUGUGCCCAGCACAAAAGGCAUUGGGCUGGCUGCUCAAGAUAUCUUUCACAAUAAUCCAUCAAGUCAAAGAGCCUUGUACCUCUGUUUGGUUCUUCUGGCAGUGUUAGGAUGUAGCAUCAUCAUUCAGUUCAAGUAUAUCAAUAAGGCACUGGAAUGUUUUGACUCAUCUGUGUUUGGUGCCAUCUACUAUGUCGUGUUCACCACUUUAGUCCUGCUGGCCUCAGCCAUCCUUUUUAGGGAGUGGAGUAAUGUGGGAGUGGUAGAUUUCUUGGGGAUGGCUUGUGGAUUCAUCACUGUAUCUAUUGGAAUUGUUCUUAUACAAGUCUUCAAGGAGUUCAACUUCAAUAUUGGGGAUUUGAAUAAACCUAAUGUGAAGACAGAUUAAAAUCAUAUUUGAGGGGAACUGGAUGGCUCAGGGAAUGAUACAGAGCCUUCCAUUUCUAGGUCACUGAUUCCAUCAUGAUUGAGAUUGGCAGACGUUACCCUCUGAGAGAGUGGUAGCUUGUGUGAAAUGAAUUGGUGGCCUACAUCCAGUUUUAAUGG